CUGUCUCUCUCUCUCUCUCUCUGUCUGUCUCAGUGGUGAUCUGAAGUCCCACCUGGUCCUCCUCAGUAAGACAGCUGAUUCUAUCUGUGAUGGAGACCUGGUGGACAGACAGAUACGUUCCAAACAGGCCUGGUCUCUACUGCCCACGCAGGCGAUCUAUUCCAGUGUGUUACCAGGGGAGUUGAUGCGUGGCUAUAUGAACUGCUUCCCCUCGUUUCCCUCCUGGCUGGGAAAGUUUUCCUCCACCAAUAAACACUCCCGGAUCAUUCAGGAGCUGGCCUCUCACAUGAGCCUCAAGACAUUAAGUAGCAGACAGGCGGUGAGCCUGGACUACCUCCCUUACCUCCGCAUGGCCCUGUUGUGUCCUCUUCAGAGGCAGGGGGCGGAGGGGGCCGGUCAGGCCGUCCAGCUGUUAGAUGACUACCACCUGGUCCGAGAGGAUGUGGACAGCCUCAUGGAGAUCAGCCUCUGGGGGGGCCAGCCUGACCCCUACGCUAAACUAGACCCCAAGGUGAAGUCAGCGUUCACGAGGGCCUAUAACCGGGAGUCCCACCUGACACCCUACUCCCUCCAACCAAUCAAGAAGGGCCGUCGUGGCGGGGGAGUGGAGGCAGAACUGGGAGGAGAGGGGCAAGAGGAACAGCCUGAGGAAGAGGAGGAGGAGGAAGGUGUUGCAGCUGACGCCAUGAUCAAAAAGAAGGCCAAACCCUCCAAGGAGCCCAAGAAGGAGAAGACAACAGCCGGGGAUUCUGGGAAGGGAAAGGGCAAAGGCAAGGGCAAAGCCAGGAAGUGACCCCUAACCUCUAUGAGACAACUACCCCCCCCCCCCCCCCCCUCAGCCCAAAAAAACUAACUGUACAACAAACCUCUUCUCUCACCUUCUGAAGAACAAACCCCUAAACUGUGUGACGACCACCUACCUGGUCUUAUCAACGGAGUGAGCGGAGACAAAAACCUGGCUCUCCUCUUGAACCCCUUAUAAACUUAGGUGUGCAUCCCAAAGGGGACCCUAUAUAGUGCACUACUUUUGACCAGAGUCCUAUAGGCCCUGGUCAAAAGUAGUGCACUAUGUAGGGAAUAGGGUCAGCUUUGGGAUUACCCUAUAUCAUGUUAGCGCUGUGGAUUUGGAAAGGUCUGAAUGAUGACUGUGUGUGUGUGUGUGUGUGUGUGUGUGUGUGUGUGUGUGUGUGUGUGUGUGGAGGUCAGGUGAGCGAGAGGUUAUCAGUGAAAGUUAUUGAACAGCCCUACUGAACACCUGGAGUCUUAACGAUCACAGGAAGUGUGUUUGUGUGUGUGUGUGUGUGUGUGUGUGUCAUGUAAAUAUGUACCUUGUAGUAUAUAAAGAUGCUGUAGUUUUCUAGUGCUCAUGGGAUACGGCACCUUUCUCGUCUAAACCGUCGUGACCAACCGAUGGAUCAGAGAACGGCAAAAUAGUUCUGUUUCUUUUUGUUGUAAAGAUUUUCACUGAUAAACGAUGGCUGUGUUUACGGUA